UAUUCCAGUUACUGGAACAUACUUCAAUGCUUCACAGAACAUCGAACAAGGAACAGAGAACAAACGAAGAAACUACUCUAUGGCUGAAAAGUCACAACCAGUCUCUAAGACAAUGUUUCCCAUUGACUGGCAAAGCAUGCCAUCAAAACUUACAAAGGAAUUCCAAGAGAAGACAACAGCUGCACAUUCUGUGCCUUGGAAUAAGCCGACUCUCAGUAAUAAUAAGUCUGACCUGGUGCAAAUUCAAAGCCUUGGGGAAUGUUUUCAGUUGCUCACAGACAUGGCCAAGGAGCUAGAGGACAUCAGCAAGGACAGAAAUAAAAGCACACUGCAAAGGUACAACCAAGUUUCAGGAGAAGACUGUGUGCCGGUUGAUGUAGAGAGCAGCAAGAAUCUCAUUCUGUCAUGGGCCAAAGAACUGGACAUGCUCAAUAUGUCAAGAGGAGUGACAAAGAAAGCUUUCAUGAAAGCAGAGACUACAGAAAUGAAGAAAAUAGAUGUGUGUGAUAUUUCAAAAGACAGUGAAAGAAUCAUGAUUUGGGCACAAGAAUUACAGGCUGUCACAGAGAACUUAUGUCUGACAGAUGGAGAGCUAAAGCAUAUUCUUACUAAACACGGAAAAAAGCACAGAAAGCUAGAUGAAGUUCUUCCCUUGCUGGAGUUUGUGGCAUGGUCUCUUCUCUCACAUGACACUGAGGAAAAUGUUUCAAAACUGUGGUUGGCAGCUAAGCAGAGAACAUGGAAAACAAGCAGCCAGAAAUAUAUUCCGAAUUCAGUUUGGCAGUGGAUUCAGAGUGCUACAGUUGAUGUGCAUCUGGAUUCCAGUUCAUGCUUCCCCUGGCUGUAUGUGUCAGAAGACAAACUUGAAGUGUAUGAAUUGCAAGAGCCCCCUGAACUACAGCAGUUUGAAAACUCUCAAAAAUUUGAUAAGCAGCCCUUUGUCCUAGGGCUCAACAGAUUGUCCACUGGAAGACACUACUGGGAGGUGAAGGUGCAGGCAAUAGAAAAAUGGAGGUUAGGGGUAACAGCUGCAUCUGCUCAAAGAAAAGGACGUUUCCACAUUGUUCCAGAAACAGGGUACUGGACUAUAUGUAACAGGCCUGAGAGUAUCCGGGUAUGCACUGAUCCCCAUAUCGAUCUACCAAAUUCUGUACCACUUCAGGUGGUUGGGGUUUAUGUGGACUAUGAAGAAGGACAAGUGUCCUUCUACAAUGCUAAAAGCAGGUUCCAUAUCUACACAUUUUCAGAAACCUUCAGAGAAGUGCUUUUCCCUGUUUUUGCUUGUCUGGAUGGAAACACUGUGCUAAAAAUCUGUACUUCAUAA